AUGCCUCGACGCAAGGGAAGCGGCCGCGGACGGCGCUGUUCUUUCCAGGUCAGUGGACAUGAAGCGAGGAGGGGAACGGAAAGAGGGGCGAACUCGUCUUUGCUGGCGACGGAUGAGCUGACGUUACACCGCGCAGGCCAAGGAGUACAGAAGGUCGGCAUGAUCACACCAUGGCUCGAAGCCUUCCCCACGACGGCGAAGCCCAUCCUGGAGGAGAUUGAUCACUACAUGGGCUACAAGCUCUCCGACAUCAUCGCCAACGGGCCCGGCAAGCUGCUUACGAAGACUCCCAACGCCCAGCCCGCCAUCAUGGCGACCUCGAUCCUCAUCCUCCGCAUCCUGGAGCGCGAGUUCGGCUUCGACAUUCCACAGCGAGUUGACGUCACUCUUGGGCAUUCGCUGGGAGAAUUCGCGGCGCUGGUGGCGGGCGGAUACCUCGAGUUCGAAGACAGCUUAUAUCUGGUGCGCAAGCGGGCCGAGGCCAUGCAUGAGGCGACAAGGCGCGCUGUGGACGAAUACGGUGGAGAGUACGGCAUGGUGGCUAUUGUAACAGAACCGGAGUACUUGAAGGGCCUGAUCGAGGCUAUACACGACUUUGUGGGACACUCGAGCGCGGGAUCCAAGGGGGAGAGCUCGGAAGACGUCCCGCCGAUAGAGCAGGUGCUCAUUGCGAACAUCAACAGCAAGAACCAAAUCGUGUUGAGCGGCAACAUUGAGCGGAUCAAGACUCUUGCGACACACGUCAGGCAGUUCUUGGGGCAUGACCCGCGCGCCGUUCGAUUGAACAGCGACAGCCCGUUUCACAGCCCGAUCAUGAAGCCUGCGGUCUCGGUUGUGAAGAGCAUUCUGAACAAAAAGAGCAGGGUCAAGGGGCGUGAAGGGGAGGAUAUUAUCACAUUCCCGGGCAAGCUGCCCUGUAUAAGCAAUGUCAGCGCGAGGCCAUUCGAGAGCAAGGAGGACGUGAAGGAUCUUCUAGCGCGGCAGUGUCUAGAGACGGUGAGGUGGUGGGACAGUAUCAAAUAUCUCGACCAGGAGGAGAAAGUGAGGCGGUGGAUUGGUAUCGGGCCCGGCAAGGUCGGACGCAACCUCGUCGGAAAAGAGGUGGGCAUGAGAGGAAAGGACUCGGUCAAAGGCGGUGGCGUAUGGGCCAUCACCGACCCGAACGAGAUCGAAGAAGUGCUGAAGGGACUCGAGGAUACGGAGCAUUGGUCGGACGACGAUGCCGAAUGA